AUGUCAGGAUUGCAGAUUCUGGCUUUUCUCAGCGGCCUGGCAGGGCUGGGUGCCACGAUUGGUGCCACAGUGUCUAAUGAAUGGCGAGCUACCAGCCGGGCAUCCUCAGUCAUCACAGCCACCUGGAUACUCCAGGGUCUGUGGAACAACUGUGCUGGGAAUGCCAUUGGAGCUCUGCACUGCAGACCACAUCAUAGUAUCCUUCAGGUGCAAGGUUACAUCCAAGCUUGCAGAGGACUGAUGAUUGCAGCCAUCUGUCUGGGGUUUUUCGGUACUAUAUUUGCCCUUGUUGGGAUGAAAUGCACCAAAAUUGGAGGAUCUGACAAAAACAAAGCCAGGAUUGCCUGCUGCGCUGGUGUAAAAUUCAUACUUAGUGGACUCUGCUCACUUUCAGCAUGCUCCCUCUAUGCACACCGGAUAACAGCCGAGUUUUUUGACCCAAUGUUUAUGGCACAGAAGUAUGAGCUGGGAGCCGCGCUCUUUAUCGGCUGGGCAGGUUCUAUCCUCUGUAUUCUGGGAGGCAGCAUACUCUGUUUCUCCAUCGCAAACUCUUUUAAGAAAAGCCACAGUCAGGCAAACUAUAUCUACAAAGGGGCUGUGUCGCAUUCUCAUAUCUCCUCCUACCCGAGAGGGCAGUCAAAAUCUGUCAACGAGAGGCCGCCUCCAGACUACAGCAACUCCUCCAGGGUGCAGCAAUUUGAUAAGAAUGCAUAUGUGUAAGAGAUGUGAAUAUUAAAAACUUUAAGUCGUUGCCACUGGUGUGUCAUAAAAUAUAUACUAUAAACUGAAGGAUACAACACACUGUGUGAAUCUUGGUGUUUUCAGUCUAACACCAGGGGAAAUUACUGAUAUUGAUUUGUGACUCACCAUGUAUUAAAGUUAAUCUUAACAUGUUUCUUCAGGGGGUACAAAUUUACAAAAUAAUGUGGUUUAUUUUCU